AUGAGGCCGUCGCUAUUGCCUCACCGCCGGCGGAGGGUGCUAUGUUCGUCGUUGCUGCUGCUUGCCCGUUGCUACGCCGUCGCUCGCGUCGCCGGUGUCGCUUGGGCUGUCGAACGCCGCCACUCCACCGCUAUUGAAUCGCAGAUAAUGCUGCUGCCGGUUUCGUUGAAGACCCAGUGUCCAAGAAUCGUUGACCAUCACGAAACCCUUCAGAUCUGCUUAAAUACAUAUCGAUGGAUUCAGCCAUUUCUUCCUUUCUUACCACAAUACAUACAGUUUUUCCAUGAAACUGAAACUGUGCAGGAAAUGAAUCCCCGAAGUGUAUCUUCAAUCGAUGAGAUGAUACCCAUUGUCCAGAAGCACGAAAAUUCAAAAACUCCGACGACUUCAUAUGGCCCUCCUCCUCCACCACCGGAACCACCACGACCGCCGAAGCCAGAUCUACUUGGAAAUAGAGACGAUAUCCACAAAUUCAACGUUCCUGUUGGCAAACGCCCAAAUCUUAUAGGGUUUGUCAUCAGUGAAAAUUAUGAUACUACACUUCACAUUGCAACAUCUGCAAACAUCAGCAAAUCAGUGGAAAAGUUUGUGAAAAAUCAUGUGAAUGGAACAGUUAGAACUUCAGAACAAAUAUCACAACACUUCACUGUGUAUAGUAUCAACAAAUGGAUAUCGAGUUGUGUAGAAGCUGAUCUCUUUGAUGUUGCCUUAAAAAUAGUGUAUUGA